AUGCACCUUACAAAGUUCGCUGAGUGGGAAGCAGGCUUUUUCUUUUCUGAAGACGGUUAUGAAAUUUGUGAUGCCAUUCGCAAGAUUGGUGUGAAACCCUGCUGCUGCUGUGUCAAAGCCCUUGCCAAAUCGCAAUCAGGUGUCUACGGUGUCACUGUCCCACGACAAUACAGACAAUCGAAUGGCACAGGAUUCUUUGGAGUCGCGGUCCAACCAAAAGACAUUACAUACGCUAUUAAAAUUAUCCACGAUCACGACAUAUAUACGACCAAGAGCAAAGCACUGCAAGAAAUUGCGGCAAAGGCUGGAUCGGACAGUGAUUUCUACGCUUUGGGCUGUGUUCCCAACGGGGCCGGCGACACUACGGGAUUCGCAACCCUCAACGAAUGGGCCGCAGGUCCCUAA